GAGUCUCGAGCAGCACAGGGAACAGAAAGAUCCAGAAAUUUCUCAAGCGUUUGUUUAAAAUGUCAUGAAAAAAAAAAAUCAUUGUUUAGAAUUUACAGAGAAUAAAUGAUUAAACGAAUGAAUGAAUGUGUUUAGUCAGGAGACUCGCACUGCCAUGUGUGUGUGCUAGAGACUGGAUGCUAACUUUACUGUCAGUAAACAGAAGAGAGAGAGAGAGAGAGAGAACACUACUGAGAGAUUUUAUUUAUUAUCCAUUAAAGAUCAUCUGAGUGAAAAUGGACACGAAUGUACAGAAAAGGAGAGAGAAUAAGAAAUCUCUGCGGAUCAAGGUUAUUAGCCUGGGAAAUGCAGAGGUUGGUAAGAGCUGCAUCAUUAAGCGAUACUGUGAGAAACGAUUUGUACCCAAAUAUCUGGCCACGAUUGGGAUCGAUUAUGGUGUGACCAAGGUUCAGGUACGGGACAGGGAAAUAAAAGUCAACAUUUUCGACAUGGCCGGACAUCCCUUCUUUUAUGAGGUGCGCAAUGAGUUCUAUAAGGACUCUCAGGGUGUGAUCCUGGUGUACGACGUCGGACUGAGGGAGAGCUUUGAUGCCCUGGACAGCUGGCUCACAGAGAUGAAGCAGGAGAUGGGCUCUCAAGCCAAUAUGGAGAGCAUUAUUUUUGUCGUUUGUGCCAACAAGGUCGACUUGACUAAAAGGCGAGUGGUAGACGAGAGUGAAGGCAGGUUGUGGGCGGAGAGCCGGGGUUUUCAGUAUUUUGAGACCUCCGCUCAGAGUGGAGAAGGCAUCAGUGAAAUGUUUCAGGCCUUUUUUUCCUCGAUUACUGAUAUGUGUGAGAAUGGAGGGAAGAGACCAAACCCAGAGGUCAGUAUCGGCUUCACCAAGGAACAAGCUGACACAAUCCGGCGUAUCCGCAACAGUAAAGACAGUUGGGACAUGCUGGGGGUAAAACCCGGGGCAACAAGAGAGGAAGUAAACAAGGCAUACAGGAAGCUCGCGGUUCUUCUGCACCCGGACAAGUGUGUGGCCCCGGGCAGCGAGGACGCCUUUAAGGCCGUGGUCAACGCACGAACAUCCCUGCUGAAAAAUAUCAAGUAGUCCGCAUAUAAACACGAACAUACCGGUGUGAAGAAAGAGUUCGCGAAAAAGAAGGGCACGACAUUAACGGUGUGAACGAAUGUCAUCCAGCUCUGUUUUCAUCCGUGUGCCGCGCUAACUGUGUUUAGUGAAGUGUUUGAUUUAAGGUUUGUUUUUAGUUAAUUCUUUUGCGUGUGACAAUUAUAAAACAUAAGCUAUAUAUUUUAAAGUUUUUUUAUGAGAAAUUUAGUUAUAUAUGAUAUGAUAUACGGUAUAUGAAAAAAAUACAUUCAUGCUUGUAUUUAAUAACCUGUUCUGGUUUAUGUAGGUCGGAUCAUUAUAUAAUUUAUUAAUUUAACAUUUAACCUUUAAAUGUGACGGGUAGCUACUUAAACAGGAAAGUUUAAGACACCAUGGUUUACAUGUCUCAUUUUUCCAUCUGAUUAUAGAUUAAUAUACUGUAUAUUAGUUUAGUAUUAGUAUACUUUAUAUUAGUAUAUUUUGUAGUAAAACUACUGGAUCAGCUUUAUGGUGCUGCUAUUUUUUUUUAACUAGCCUCCCCGCCUGCGUCCAUAGCGCUUUUUUUGUGUCCAGAACAGGAAGUAAAUUUUAGCGAGUUUAGCCUAAAGCCAGUCUACAGUUGCCACCUCUGGAUGUCAUACACGUAAUCUCAAUUUCAAGACAAGAUUGUGUCACCAUUUUAUAUUAUUUAUUCUCAAAAAAAAAAAGCAAUGAUGCUAUUAUUGCUCUGCUAUACACUAAUCAGCCAAAACAUUAUUAUUAUUAUUGUUAACAUUACAUUAAUAUUAAUUACAGUGGUUUCCCUUUUGAACGGGUGAUUCACAGACUCCACUAGACCUCUGAGGGUGUGUGUGAGCGUGUGUGUGUGUGUGUGUGUGUGUGUAUGGUAUCUGGCACCAAAUACCAAAUGGAUCCUCCAUGAAUCAGACUUGUUUUUCCAGCACAUUAACAAUCCUGCGGAAUUGACAUCUGGUGAAUAUUGAGAGGCCAAAUCAUCACCAUGAACGUUUUGUCACUGUCCUUGAACAAUGUGUGUGUGCAGUGUGUCUUAGUGCUUUAUCCUGCUGAAAGAGGACACUAUAUGUAAAAGAAACCGUGAUUGAUCAGACCAGGCCACCGGGGUACUCUGUGGUCCAGUUCUGAUGGCCGUUGUAGGAGCUUUUUACGGGUCAGCAUGGGAACCCUGAUCGCUCUGCAGCUACACAUCUCUAUAUGUAACAAACUGUGCUGCACUCUUUACUCUUUACCUGACCCCUGAACACUUAAAACUUUCCAUAAGAGCUUUUUUUUUUUUUUUUUGACUUUGGGGACAAAAUGUUCUCUCGCUGUAUAAUAGUGUAUCCCAUCCACGUCCAAGUGCCGUUGUAACGAGAUAUUUAAUGUUAUUCACGUUACCUGUCGGUGAACAUAAUGUGAUGGCUGAUCGGUGCGCAUUUGUGCAGAUUUAAAUUACUUCUCUAUAAAAACAAUAAAACACUCUCUCAGACAAACUUGACACAAUGGAAUUUCAGUUGAUAAAAAUAUAUAUUUGGGGUUUUUCCUUGUCGUUAAACCACAGGGAAUUUUAAAUUACAGUAAAAUUUAUUCCCUAAAAAUAUAUAGAUACAUAUAUUUUUAAUGAGUUGUUGUGGCAAUGCAAUUGACAAUGAGUUGCGUUCCCUUUUAAACGUUCUCUUGUGCUCCGUUUUUUGCUCGCAUGUCGUCUCCUCAUGGGUAACCUGAUAUCGGUGCCAAGUAUGAUUUACUGUUUUUGAUCUAAUGUUUUUGCCUUUAAGUACAAACUGUGGAGUUUAAUCUGAAAGUUAAAAAAAAAAUGAUUAGGAAAUCUAAUUGGUAAGAGCACAUGACUUUAGGUUUUCAUACAUUUUACCUCACUGUUCCACUGAUAGAACUGAUUUUCAUCUCCGAUCUUGUUUGGUAAGAAUAUAUAUAUAUUUUUUUUUAGUUUCUUUAACACUAAGAAUGUGCAUGGUGUAUAAAUACAAAGCCACGAUUACAGAAACGAAUUGUUUUGAUGUGACCUCGUGGUGAACUCGGUUUCUUUGAGAAGGACAUGUUCAUGAAAUAUUUCUUUUAAUAAACCCAUUAGUCACUAGUGCAUGCUUCCUCAACUUUCACUGGUGAGUAGAAAUGAUUUCUAAUAUGCAACAGCCUCGGGUGAUUUAAAUUUUAUUUUAUUUUAUAAAGUUGUGUAAAAGUUUUAUAAAUCACAAUGUGAUGAUGAUAACAGACAUAAUAAAAAAUGUUAAAAGGAAAACAAAGGUCCUCAGUAACGUGUUCUACUUAAAGAUGGCGUGUUCGUCACGUGGAUACUGUACUGUACGUUUGAACAGUUGUAAAAUGUUCGUGUAGGUCAUCACUGUAAAGCAAGCGUGUAUGUAUGUUGCAUGAAACUUCAGAGCCUGUAUUGUG